CCACCCGCGUCUUCCUGAAGCUCUUCUCUGCUUCCAAGCUCUUCCCAGCCUUGCCUAUCGUCGUUCAGCUUCCUCAGCCUUCCCAAAAUCAAGAUGCGUGAGAUUGUUCACCUCCAGACCGGCCAGUGCGGUAACCAGAUCGGUGCUGCUUUCUGGCAGAACAUCUCUGGCGAGCACGGCCUCGACAGCAAUGGCGUCUACAACGGCACUUCCGAGCUCCAGCUCGAGCGCAUGAACGUCUACUUCAACGAGGCCUCUGGCAACAAGUACGUUCCCCGUGCCGUCCUCGUCGAUCUCGAGCCCGGUACCAUGGACGCCGUCCGUGCUGGUCCCUUCGGCCAGCUCUUCCGCCCCGACAACUUCGUCUUCGGCCAGUCCGGCGCCGGCAACAACUGGGCCAAGGGUCACUACACUGAGGGUGCCGAGCUUGUCGAUCAGGUUCUCGAUGUCGUCCGCCGUGAGGUGAGGGCUGCGAUUGCCUCCAGGGUUUCCAGAUCACCCACUCCCUUGGGGGUGGUACUGGUGCCGGUAUGGGUACUCUGUUGAUCUCCAAGAUCCGUGAGGGGUUCCCUGACCGCAUGAUGGCUACCUUCUCGGUCGUUCCCUCGCCCAAGGUUUCCGACACCGUUGUCGAGCCCUACAACGCCACCCUCUCCGUUCACCAGCUCGUUGAGAACUCCGACGAGACCUUCUGCAUUGACAACGAGGCUCUCUACGACAUUUGCAUCC